AUGGCCAAGGCACAGACACACACACACCCUGACCAGCACGAACCACUCAAGUUUGAAGAGCUCUUCCUAACGCAGGAAGAACAUUUCACCAUUCGUACGCUAUCACAAAUCCUGAAAUGGACGGAAUCCCUUGUUAGAGGCAAGGAGGUCCCGCACAGCGGGUAUAUGAAAAAGGAUAAGAAAACGAAAGAGGAGAAGCAGCUCGAACAUGCAUCGACGUACAAAAUCUUGAACAGCUUCUGCCAGGCUAUUAAUCGCGGCGGAUCCGAGGUGAUCGCGUUGUUACCUGGGCCUUUUACCGGAGCAGAGUUGACAGUAUUCAGCGCGACUUCGACAUCGACGGAAAAUGAGAGCGACGAGACUCAAGACCUUUACUUUACUCGAAAUCCUCAGCAAAACGAAUUUCCGAGAGCAAGGGCCGAAGCCAUCAAAUAUUCCGUCGAUUUCGCCAGUUAUGGAGUGCCAUCAGGCUUUACGAAUGACCCAUUUGGCACUUAUCUUGACUUAGUCAAGGAAUACUCCUUCAAGAUUCCCUUCGCCUUGGUGCCGCACUUAGCUUUGACGCUACUCAAACACGCUCACACCCAGUCCUCCAAACAAGCUGGCAAACAUGCCUUCGACAACUUUGGCCUCUUGACGAUGUGUCUCGGCUUCCCGCGACUAUCUGCUCGAUUCGACCUGGGUAUUAAAUCUCGAAACUUCUUCCAAGUCAUCAUGUUACUUGAUGGCAGUCCACCGACCAGCGAAGAUUUCGGAUAUCUUGCUGAGCGUUUGCAAGAUCAAGAUGCAGAUUCCUAUGCACUUGGAGACAGCAUGAAAGAUAAGACUUUCACACCCGUCCAAAGGGACCUCAUAUCUCAGUUCCUGCGCAUCCAGCUCAUUACGGCAGACGCCCCGCUACCGCAGAAAUUCGACGCCCGAGGCCGACGAUUCCUCGCCACUGUACUAUGUUCAUUGUUGAAGCUAUUCCAAGACAAAGUGAAGAAGGCUAGGGACAGUCAGCCGUCAAGAAAUCGGACAACACCAUUCAACAGGGAAAGCUAUGAGAUAGCUAUGAUGUCGUUACUCAAACUCAACCAAGGUCUCUGGCUCUUCUUCACUCGGUUCCGAGACCAAAUCAAGGAAAUACUCGCAUGGGUCGAAAACGUCUGUGGGCUUCGGAAUGCAACCCUCAUCAACACUUACUCCGAACAUGGCGACCAGGAUAUUUUGUCUUCUAGCCCCGCACCGCCAUCGGAUCCAGAUACCCCUCCUGCUGCAGAACAAGUUUCACAGCCCUCUACCCCGACUUCAGGAAUUGAGCAAGGAGUCGUUUCCCCUCGUACACCAUCCCCCUCCUCAGACAUUGUUUCCUCGCCACCAUCGAUCGGCGCGCUCAGUCCAUCGGCGCCCCGCGAUCAACCGCUUGAGUUAACGGCGCUAGACGACCUGACUGACGACGAAGCAAACGCAGAAGAAGUAAUUGCAAUCUGUGCCAUCGAAGAAAAUCCGCGGUCGGGAUGGCACGACACCUGCUUUCGAUGGUUAGAGCUUGUUAUCACUCACUACGAAGCGAUUCGAAACGUCCAUAUUUGGUCACCAAGUCGGAGCUCCUCCAUUGCGAAGUCGCUAAAGAGACUAGUGCCACGGGCAGAGAUCCACACUCUUGAGGUAAAGUCCUCAUACGCAGACCAACGUAUGCGAAGUAUCAGCGAGGUACUAGAAGAGCUAGAAGAAUCGCGCGUCGAACCCGAAGUUGCGGAAUCCCUUAGAGAGUGGCUGGAGCGCUAUACACACGAAGGAAUUCAAGCUGCUAGACUCAUUGGUAUUCGGCCCCAUGUUGAUGCACAGUCUAAAUGGGAUGAUCCAAAGUUCAAAGGUACCAUGCAUUGCGAGACCAUUAUGCUCACACUGCAUGCUCUGUCAAUCAAAGGCAUUUUUCCCGCUUCCACCGCCAGUGCCAGGGCGAUAUCAGAUUGUCUCAAAUCCCGCGACAUCAUCGUACCUCCGGAGAUCAUUGACAGAUUCAAGACUAUUGGCAAUAUACUUGCAGUCUCAAAGAGAUGCUGUCCGGCUUGCAACUCCGUGGUGUCCGCCAUCCGAGAUUACCAGCGUUCGAGCCGCCGAAUUACGUACCCGGGGUAUCAUACUGUAUGGUUUCCGAUAGCACUACCGCCCUGGACACCCCGAAAGAUUGGCCAAAUCCUACUGGACACUCUUUGGAAAGCUGUGCAGGAGCGCGCGGAACGUGUCCACGACGUAGUCGAAGCGGGGAAGAAGGUUCGAUGCAAAACGCCGAGCGACGCAUCCCACGAGGACAUCGAGGUCGAACCAUAUGACACUGAGCAAAUCUCGCCACCCCGUGAUCAUGUCUUGCAAUAUCAAGACACUCCAUCUUGGUCCACUCAGAAUGAGGAUGAGGACCAGCAAGCAGGGGAUGAAACGCCGAGGCCAUUCAAGCGUACUAUGCCUAUUCUACUGGCACCAGGGGCGGUAGAGCCACCAACGUCGCCUAAGCGCUCGAGGAACGUAUCACCGGGGGAUUUAGAGACUGAGAGUUUAUUGUCGCCAACGAAGAAGACUCGGAAAUGA